AUGUGCAGUUAUUCCAAUACAUGGAGAAUGCAUCGACGCCGAAGGAAGAGAUGCCCUCCUGUUUGUUUCUUCGCGGAACUUUUGUGGGGCCGUGCGACUGUUUUUGUUCUUCCUCCCUUUUCUUUAUUCCUUACAAAGUCACUCCCACACAUGUCGAUACCACCACCACCACCUGUUGCAGCAGUGCCAGCACCACCAACAGCAGCAGUGCCAGCACCACCAACGGCAGCAGUGCCAGUACCACCAACAGCAGCAGUGCCAGCACCACCAACGGCAGCAGUGCCAGCACCACCAACAGCAGCAGUGCCAGUACCACCAACAGCAGCAGUGCCAGCACCACCAACAGCAGCAGUGCCAGCACCACCAACAGCAGCAGUGCCAGUACCACCAACAGCAGCAGUGCCAGCACCACCAACAGCAGCAGUGCCAGCACCACCAACAGCAGCAGUGCCAGUACCACCAACAGCAGCAGUGCCAGCACCACCAACAGCAGCAGUGCCAGUACCACCAACAGCGGCAGUGCCAGCACCACCAACAGCAGCAGUGCCAGCACCACCAACAGCAGCAGUGCCAGUACCACCAACAGCAGCAGUGCCAGCACCACCAACAGCAGCAGUGCCAGUACCACCAACAGCAGCAGUGCCAGCACCACCAACAGCAGCAGUGCCAGUACCACCAACAGCAGCAGUGCCAGUACCACCAACAGCAGCAGUGCCAGUACCACCAACAGCAGCAGUGCCAGCACCACCAACAGCAGCAGUGCCAGUACCACCAACAGCAGCAGUGCCAGCACCACCAACAGCAGCAGUGCCAGCACCACCAACAGCAGCAGUGCCAGUACCACCAACAGCAGCAGUGCCAGCACCACCAACAGCAGCAGUGCCAGUACCACCAACAGCGGCAGUGCCAGCACCACCAACAGCAACACCGCUUUCUGCAAGUAGUGUUCCUCCAGUGGUCUCUGUACCGUCUGGAGCCGUGCCUCAGUUAUCAGUUGCGGCACCUUUCACGGGGGCAUCAAUAGCUUUAUCCUUACCGGCGGGGAUCGGUGUUCCGCCUCAACAGGCCAUUCAUGAGGAGGCACGACGUAGUCUCGAGGAAGCCGCAAUACAGCAAUUCAAAAGCGCUGCAGGUGAUCAUUACCUGGAUUUAGACGAUGUGGUAAGAGACACCAUCUGCAAGUUGUUCUUUUUGAGUAACUAUGAUGUGGGCACAAUGAUGACUUCUGUCGCGAAGAGCCUGCAUUGUUUGGGCCGUUACGAUGUUGGUCUACUCCGUAAUGACGACAGCACGGCCUUUACACUUAUUCAAUCUCCACCGUUCAAUGAAGCUGUCGUUACAGAUGAAGCCCAAAGUGUUGAGCAAUGUCGACGCGCCAUUCAAGAAGCCAAGAUUCGAAUAGAGAGGGCAGAUACUCGCUCCAAGGCGAGGUUUUUUGACGCUGCCCGAGCUGGAACGAAGCCGAAAGAGCAACCAGGGCGUGUGCCUUCAACGUGCGUCCGCAAGGAAGCGAAAGCAAAACCGGCAACAUUCCGCAAGACGUCGUACGAGCAAAUACAGGAAUUGUUACGGGCUUACCAGGCAAGUAGGGUUGGUAGAGGACGAGGUGCAUCAGCGAGUCCUGGAGUUCCGCGAAAUGCGUCACCAGAGAGGGACGGGUACCUCCUCUGGCGGUACGGUGGGAAUUAUCCCAAGGAGAAUUACUACACACACUAUCGUCUACACGGUCUGAAGAAGUAG